ACAGCUGGGUUUAGUGAGGCUUUUGCUGCUGUGGGGUUGGUUUGAGUGUCUGCUGCGGGGUUGGGCUGGUUUGUCAUUUUUGCUGCUUCUUCAGUGGUUUUGUUGGGGCUUUUUCAGCCCCUUGUUGCUGACAGAGUUGCUUCUCGGGAAGAGAAAUGAGAAAAUCGUGGUGCAAAGAGAUGUCUGUUCAGCUCGGGACAGACCCUGCCCUGUCAGGGCUGCCCCAAGAGCCAAAUUCUUCAAGCCAGGAAGAAACACUGAACACCUGCAGUGAUCCAGAGAAACAGUGUGAAUGUGGGUCCUACAGAACUGAGUCAGACCGGAGAACAUCCCCCAAGGUGUGUGUUCUCACUCAGAGUGUGUCCCUGGGGAUCCUCAGCUUGAGCCUGGUCGUGGCACUGACUGUUCUCUGUGUGAGACCCCGGUUCUCUGAGCUGGAAUUCUCCCACGUGUGCCCAGACACCUGGCCUGGUUUCCAAGGAAAAUGUUAUCAUUUUUCUGAGGCUGAGGGCAACUGGACCACGGGCUGGACAAGGUGUGAGGCCCUGGGAGCUUCCCUGGCCACCAUAAGCACGAGGGAGGAACUGCGCUUCCUUCUGCGCUAUAAAGGCGAAGCAAACCACUGGAUCGGGCUGGGAAUGAGGGAUAAUGGCUGGGAGUGGAUCAAUGGCACGGCCUUGAACGGCAGGUUUGAGGUGCGGGGUGAGGGACCCUGUGGGUACCUGUACUAUUGGUGGAUCAGUUCGUCCCUGUGCCACACGGAGAAGAACUGGAUCUGCAGCUGCCCCAAUGACUAUGUCCUGUGGAAGGGGAAAUUAGGAGACCCCAAAACAGGAGUUUCACCCUAGAUCUCCAACCAGAUGAGGGAGCUUCACCCUAGCACUGCAACUGAAACUGCUGGGGGAACAUCUCAGUUGUCUGGCUGGGAAAUUUUCAUUGAAUAUCUCAAAAAUAUCUUGUAUUGGAAGGCACCUCACAAGGAUCAUGGAGUCCAACCCUCAGCCCUGCCCAGGCCCAUCCCCAGGAGUCACAGCCUGUGCCCCAGAGGAUCAUCCAAACCCUCCUGGAGCUCUGGCAGCCUUGGGGCCGUGCCCACUGCCCUGGGGAGCCUGGGCAGUGCCCAAACAGCCUUUGGGAAAGAACCUCUUCCUGGGAUCCACCCUGACCCUGCCCUGACACAGCUCCAGCCAUUCCCUGGGGUCGGCAUCCAGAGGGACCUUGAAAGAUCCUCCAGCAAAGCCUUGGACACUGUCUCCCAGGGAACAUUCCUGGAAAAGCUGCAGCCCAUGGCCUGGACAGGGCCCUCUGUGCUGGGUUAGGAACUGGCUGGAAUGUUGGGCCCAGAGAGUGGUGGGAAUGGAGCUGCAUCCAUUUGGGAUCCAGUCACCAGUGGUGUCCCCCAGGGAUCAGCGUUGGGCCCAGUCCUGUUUAAUAUUGUCCUGGGUUUGAAGAGAGAUGUUGGAAUUUUUUUCCCUAGUGUCCCGUUUUCCCCCUGUCCAUCCCCUCCAUCCCCCCCCAUCUGUUUCUCCCUGGAAAGGAGGACUCAGGAGGGGGCGAUGGAGCGGAGCCACAUGCGCCGGGCAGCGCUGGAAUGGGACAGGAGGAGGUUUCCUCUCAGUGCUACCUCAGUAACCUCAGUGCCUUUUGUCAUUGUCACCUCAGUAGCUGGUCUCAAGGAGGUGAACCUGCAGGGACAUGAUGUGGAAGUGGACGUGUGCCUUCGUGGACUAGGGGUUUCUUUCUCCAGAAGUCUUCCUCAUCCUCUAGUUAUAUUUACUGUAUAUUUACAUGCUAGGAGUCUACAUCCAUAACACUGUAUGCACUAUAUUCAAGCACUAUAGUGCUUGAAUGUGCACAUGUGAAGUAUUUUUCCAUUGCUGAAAGCUAUAUGAAUCUGUGAAUGUGAAUGUACAAUGUCCUGAUUGUGGCCUCAGCAGAGUUACUGUAUCAGUGCUGCUGCUGUGCUUCUCUCUCCUUCUCCUUUUAUUCCAUUUGCAUUAAAGUUUUUAGGACCCCA